GGUCCAUGGAUAGUCAACUAGCCAAAAAAGGCGCCAAAUGACUUUCGUGAAUAUCCCUUUAGCCCACAAGUGACGACUGCGAUGCCCCUGGAAGCUAUUCUCAAGAUUCUCGGCGACACGAAAAGCGAAACCCCUAAUCCGUUUGCUAGUGGCGAGGCGCGGUAUGGGAGCAGGAUCAAGAUACUCACGAAGGAUGAUUUCGUAUCUUUCACCAAAAUCAAGGCAAACGACAUCACUGACGAAUUUCUUGGUUACUUCUCCCUUCUGGCAUCUUACUGUGUUCUGGCCGACUCCAGUGACCCCAGAGAAGGUCCAAAGCGUUUGCUUCCGAUCAUGCCUCACACCGACUUUGUUGCUCAGUACACGAAAUUUAUCGAACCGAAGUUGAAGGACCGGCUGCCCGACAGUCCGACAGGAAGACAUCCUUGUAUAAUAUUAUCGAGAAAGUCCCUGGAGCAGGUUCUACGCUUGGUAAAGGAACAUUCAAAUGGAAACCUGGGACAAUAACCGAAAUCAUCGAUGACGGCUGGAUAGGCAAGGCGGAGGAUCUCAAGACUGGAACUUUGGAAGUGGAGAAGUUCCUGAACCAUGUGUAAGGGUACGAUAAGGCGACGGGGAGGACACUUCCCCAAAUGGAUCUUGUGAAGCUCAUGGACAAGACAAUGCGGCACGGCCAGAUUGGAAGUCUCGGUAGCAAGAUGGAAAAGUUUCGCGACCUUAAAGCAAUACUUGGGAAGGACCUCGGAACUACUAUGGGGUCAUUUGAAGAUAAGGUUAUCGAGUAUCACAAGCAGUUUGCGAAGCGCAGUAUUAAUGUUUGGGAGUACGCGGGCAUGUCGCAAGAAGAAUAGAUGCGACUU